ACCUGUCCGAGAGACACCUGGCAAACGGGACGGAUAGUGCGCGCAUGCUCUGUUGACAGGUUGUAAUCUGUUAAAACACAUGGGAGCGAAAUCUCCACAGUAGUUCGGACCGAAUCUUUGAGAGACCGUGGCCGCGCGCAGGACCGUGACUCUUUUCUCCCAGCAGCUGAUUUGAAACCAGUCAUUUUUCGUUUCACGCUUUCAAAGAUGCCCCGCUCUUUCUUGGUAAAGAGUAAGAAGGCGCACAGCUACCACCAACCCCGAAGUUUUGAGGAUGAUUGCAGCAAGCUGGACACGAUCCUGGCCCACAUAUGCUCAGAGGAGGAUAAGCGCGCAGAGGAGGAGAGCGGCGGGUUGGGGGACGGGUUCGGCCUCUCGCCGGACUCCCCUCCGAGCGACACGGCCGACUUCUCUCCGACAUCUCCGCUCAGCUACGCCGACAGUUUGUACGGUUGCUCCCCGAACUAUGACAGCUUUUGGAGGCCUCCUUCCCCCUCUUCGUCUCCGGUUGACUCGGAGAAAUCCAUCUCUCCUUUGGUGGAAGAGACCCAGCCCUUUACUAUUCCCUUCCGACCAUAUGCCUGGAGCAGCUACCCAGGGCCAAGGAUAAGGCCGCUUGUCCAGCAGACCCUUACCCCGAACCUGGACAGAUGCCCGGCGUCCAUGGCCCUAUAUGGAGACAGGAGCACCUAUCCAGCUCUGUUUACAGACCAGGCUCUGGGAGAGGAAAGUUAUGGUGGCUAUAGGAGGAACUCUGCUCCUCUACUGUUUCCUGAGACUGGCCUGCAUGGAAAACCUCAUGAUGGGAAGGCCCAGUCUGACCUGAUCUGCCCUGGUCUGCUGAACGGAGCUUACAAAUGUGUCAAGUGCAGUAAGGUCUUUUCCACUCCGCAUGGUCUGGAGGUCCACGUCCGCAGAUCGCACAGCGGUACCAGGCCUUUUGCGUGCGAAAUAUGCGGAAAAACCUUCGGACACGCAGUAAGCUUGGAUCAACACAAAGCUGUGCACUCCCAGGAGAGGAGUUUUGACUGCAAAAUAUGCGGUAAAAGUUUCAAGCGUUCGUCCACGCUGUCCACUCACCUCCUAAUUCACUCCGACACGCGGCCGUACCCUUGCCAGUUCUGCGGGAAAAGGUUCCAUCAGAAGUCAGACAUGAAAAAACAUACCUUCAUCCACACAGGAGAGAAGCCGCACAAAUGUCAGGUAUGUGGGAAAGCGUUCAGCCAGAGCUCCAACCUCAUCACUCACAGCCGGAAGCACACGGGAUACAAACCUUUCGGUUGCGACCUGUGCGGCAAAGGUUUCCAAAGAAAAGUGGACCUGAGAAGACAUAAAGAAACGCAGCAUGGACUGAAAUGA